AAGGCCAAAAAAACCCAACAAAAUAACCAAAUCAAGCAUUAAAUUCAUCUUUCCUGAAUCCUUCUAAUUUCCAUUUCCGGCCGUUUGAUCUCAUCAGAGGCCAAAUCACCGCCGUCUAUCUACAGAAAUUGAUAGAGUGCAAGUUGCAGUUUCUUCAUAUACGCAUAGCUUGAGUUUGGAGUUUGGAUGUUUCUACUAAUGACAAGGAAGAGAUCAAAGACCAUAACUUUCACCACAAGCACUGUGUAGACCGAAAGGGCGUCCAUCUUUCAGCUUUGGUUCAUUGUAUGUGUCUCUGAUAGAUCUUCAAGGAAGGCUCAUUGUUCCCAGUUGAUCAUAUUAAUCAAGUUCUGAUGUCGGUUUUCGACAAACCAUCAUCAAGUUCUGCAAUAUCUUCUUCACAAUCGGUUUCAGCUAGGGAUAUUGAUCCAUUGUUGAAGGAUUUGAAUGAGAAGAAACAAAGUUUUAGAAGGAAUGUUGUUUCGUUAGCUGCAGAGCUAAAGGAAGUUCGUAGCCGCCUUGCAUCUCAGGAGCAAUCAUUUGCUAAAGAGACACUAACAAGACAGGAAGCUGAAAAUAAGGCAAAAACCAUGGAAAAAGAGAUUUGUACAUUGCAGAAGAGAUUGGAGGAAAGAAAUGGCCAGCUUCAGACUUCAGCUUCCACUGCUGACAAGCACCUAAAGGAGUUGGAUUUCCUUAGAUCCCAGCUUGCAGCCACCCAAGCAACUGCAGAUGCAAGUGCUGCAUCAGCUCAAUCAGCUCAGCUUCAGUGUUUAGCGCUGAGAAAGGAAUUAGAUGUGAAGAAUAGUUCAUUAAAAGAGCACGAGGAUCGUGUGAUGAGGCUAGGUGAGCAAUUAAACAAUUUACAAAACGAUCUACAGGAAAGGGAAUCUUACCAAAAACAAUUGAAAGAUGAAGUUCUUAGAGUUGAGCAAGACAUUAUGCAAUCGAUUGCCAAGGCUGGACCUGGCAAAGAUUGUGAACUGUGGAAAUUGCUAGAUGAGAUAUCACCGAAAAAUUUUGAGAAGAUCAAUAAACUUUUGAUUGUUAAAGAUGAAGAAAUAUCUAAACUGAAAGAUGAAAUAAGAAUCAUGUCUGCCCACUGGAAGCUCAAAACCAAGGAAUUGGAAACACAGUUGGAAAAGCAGCGACGAGCUGAUCAGGAGCUGAAAAAGAGGGUUCUGAAGUUGGAAUUCUGUCUUCAGGAAGCUCGUGCUCAGACACGAAAGUUGCAAAGAAUGGGAGAGAGAAGGGACAAAGCACUAAAAGAGCUCAGAGAACAGUUAGCCAACAAACAACAGACUGUAGCUGCAGUUAAUAAUGAAAAGCAAAAUUUCUUGGAAUCUUCCGCCUUCAAGAUUGUAGUUUCAAUGUCAAUGUUGAUCCUGGUAGUAUUUACAAAGCGAUGAAGUGAUUAUGUUGUCCGAUCCUUGUGUAUAAAACUUUUGAUACCUUGAGUUUAGGGGAGUUGUAGAGGCCAUUCUGCUUUUAGAAAUGCUCACAGUAGAGAUUAUCUUUUCUAUGUAGCCAUGAAAAGUGCCUUAUUUGGUGCUCUUGUUACCAGAAUCCUCGAAUCUUUUGAAAUAUGCUGAAAAUUAGGCUACUAUAUUUUAGAUUGUUAGAAAAGUAGAGGGUCAACCGGUCAAGUACAAAAAGAAAACUAGUGAGUAGAGUAUGGAAAUUAUAAGAUCUUCAAUGUUGAUGGUUUCAUUAGGUUCAUGGUGCAUUGUAAUGAAAAAUGAACCAUUUCUCGUAUUUUUAAUGUUACUUGUGAACCUAGUCAGCAACAACAACAAUGUCUUAUUUAGAUGCUGGACGGAUCAUGCAGUGGUUUGCUAAUACAGGCUUGCUAUUGCUGAGUCUAUCUUUUGUCAAAUGUUUGGUGCAGUGGUGUAUGAUUUAAAUUCAUUGAUUUUCCAGUGCAACUGUCAUCAAAUGCACAAAUUGUUCAGGAAAAA